UAUAAUGUCACUCACGCACAUGGCGGAAGGAGUAGAGAGAGAAAGAGAGAAGAAAGUGGAUGCAGCUGUUAAUGGUGUCUAUCUUUUGUACUUUGGAGCGCGAUUCGGUCUUCCCGAAGCGAAAGCCAAAUCCUUUCACACCUUCGCUCCUCUACUCGUGACUGGUAUGACAAUAUGAAGCUAAACGGCGUUCUAUUGUUACCUUUAACGACCUUAUCUUCAGAUCUUCUUCGUCCUUAACCGCAACGGACCGUCCAAAAACCCUAAUAUGCUUCGCCGAAAUGCUGUGACAAGAAGCAUACAAGUGGAUAUUGUAGGUCCAGACUAUAGAUCAUUCUGACGAUGAUAUUUAUUUUGUAGCGAGGCUCGGUGCUGGUCUUCCAUUCCUUUAUUGAUGGUUAGCAUUUGACGAAGGAUAGGCCAAAGAACUUUAGGAUUGUGAAGAAGUUAUAACUCAGCAAAGAUGCUGUUCAACAAAGACAUUGAAGGUCUGCGUGAUGAUGGAUUUGAUGGGUCAGUUAAUGAGACGCAGAUAUUUGCAGACGUGUUCUUCGGAAAUGAGAGCAGUACCAAUAGGUGUCCUGUGGCCGGAGUUAUCAAAUUUGAGGGUGACGUUACUAACCAGACAGAUGAACCUGGACAUUUGUGUGGUGAGAAUUCUGCAUUGACACUACUUCAUGAUUCUCAUGACGUAAAGGAGGAUUCUAGAGAAGACCCAUGUGAAAAAGAGCUAACCAAUAGUCAUGUGGAAGAGGAAUCUGACCCAUUAACUUCUUUGGAUAGAGUACCUGCAGAUAUAUCACAGCAACCCUCUUUCUGCCCUUCUCAGAGUGUGUUAUGUCAUAUAGUUGAAUCUUCGAACCAAGGUGUUAAAUCAAGUUCGUAUUUGCAGAAGCGGCACGCUGUGCUGGACCAAAGUCACAUGCUUGGUGAAAUGGAUUCAUCAAAAUUAAGAUCGUCUAAAAUAGAAGGAAAUGGAUGGAAGGAUGUAGCUGGUAAAGCAAUUGCAUCACCUGCUUCUCAGGAGAGCUAUGCAACUAAGUUGUUGGUUGGCAGUGCCGCAAAGCCGUCAGGGAUUCGUCGACCACCCAAGCCAAAGUGGAGGGACCAUUGCUUUGUAGAACUGGAUGAAGCUGAAUUGUCAACGAUUAAGGGUUCUCCAAAUGACCCUCGCCCUCUUCUUCGGUACCACAUCCAUCGUUUGCUCAGAGCAGCAGGAUGGGUAGUUGGAAGGCGUAAAAGAAAUAAUAAAUUUCAUGGAAUUGGUGAGUAUGUUUACAAGUCACCUGAAGGAAGACCAAUCCGUGAAUUCUGGAGGGCCUGGACCUUGUGUGGGCAGAGUGUGUUUACUUAUGCAGAUUGUAUUUUGCCAGAAAUGGAUUGUAGGUUGUGGUCUGAUAUGCAUCAAUUUUUGGGUGACCUAUCUGGUACAGUGAUGGAGAUUGAAGAAAAACUGGAUACCUUGGAAACAGCUUCUGCAUUGGCUCGUCUUUGGUGUCUCCUCGAUCCCUUUGCAAUUGUGGUGUUCAUUGACAAAACAUUACGCUUUCUCAAAGAAGGAAAAACGGUUAAAGCCAAAAUGACUUUGGUCACCACUCCUAUUAAAAAUGACACGUUAAAGACUGUGGGCACUGCAGGAAACCUGUUUGCUGAGAGGUUGUUGCAGAACCAGCCUUGCAGCUCUUCUUUAGUCUCAGAUAGUGCAUUGACAAGUCUUGAGGGAGAUAAAUGGAUCCACAAGGAGUAUGUUGAUGAAAGUUCCCUCAACUUAACAGACUCACAGAUGAGAGAAGGCAAAUAUCUGAAUGGCGCAUCUUAUUAUUAUCCUAAUGAAAGAUCCAUGUGCUUAAGUGAUACUGUCAGUGGCGAUGCUAAUAAAUACAGGAAACUCUUGGAAAAUGGUAAAAAUGUCCUGGAUUUAGCUCCUUUACCAGCUUGUGGGUCUGAAAGCAUCAGUGAGCAUGCUGGAUCUUGUUUGUUUGAAGUUCCUAUUAGUUCAGGAAAUGCACUAAGCUCGCUUGGGGGAUCUAAUAAUGUUCUUACUCAGCAAGAUAGCAACAGUAUACCUCAUGCAGCAAGUUCAGUCUUGAAAAGGAAGGCCUCAAAGAAAUCAAAAAAGUUAUCAGAAAUGGAAUUUACUAACGGCUGCCAAGAUGAGAAGUUUGGUACAUCUUAUAAUAAGAGUGGAUUGCAUGAAGUCAGUGGAUCUGGCUUACAAAUACAUUCAAGACCUAAGGGAUAUUUAGUAGACUACCUGGGGAGAGCUAGAGGUCAUCAAGGGCAGUCCUUCCGUAGUUCAGAGUUUCAGGACAAUACUGAACAGAACAAUUUUAAGAAGUUUAGGCAGACAUUGGCUAGUUCUAAGCAAUUGAGUCAGUUUAAUGUGCACAUGAAGUUCAACUCUGGGAAUAUUGACAAUGAUAACUCUCUGCGAGGAAAUAUUGAAUUUAAAGCAAUUACAAGUAAGCGCAAAGUUGGGUCAAAGAAACUUAAGACAUGUCGUCUUAGUGAUGACGAUCUCUUAAUCUCAGCUGUAAUUAGAAACAAGACAUGCAGAUCUGGCAACAAAAGGGGUAAAACUAAACCGCUGAGGAAAAGAAAGAGCCAGAAAAGCGGUUGCAAGUUGCUAUUACGUAGCCUCAACAAGGGUGGAAAGCACUUCAUCGAAGCAAAAUGGCCUACCUUUGCCUCAAGAACAGUGUUAUCCUGGUUAAUUCAUUCUGGGGUUGUUUCCCCAAACGAAGUGAUCCAGUACCGGAACUUGAAGGACGAUUCUGUGGUAAAAACCGGCGUAAUAACUAGGGAUGGAAUAUUCUGCAAUUGCUGUGACAAGCUGCUAUCCAUCUCUGAGUUCAAAAGUCAUGCUGGUUUUAAGCUCAAUCGUCCCUGUUUGAACCUUUUCAUGGAGUCUGGUAAGCCGUUUACCUUAUGUCAGCUUGAGGCUUGGUCAGAUGAAUACAAGGCACGAAGAGCUGUUCCUCAAACUGGCCAAGCUGAGGAAAGGGACCAAAAUGAUGACAGUUGCGGGCGAU